AUGAAUAUUACACUCUAAGUCAAGAACUCGUUUACUAAGCUUAAUUGCCCUAAGUAAUAGCAUGUUUAGAGGGAUUUAUCACCAAAUUAUGAAAAUUAAAAGAACAUUAAAAAACCUUAUUAUCAGAAUGAUGAUGCUAAUAAAAUGUAUCUGCUUCAUAAUGUUAAAAACUUAGCGAAUGCUAAAUUUUUAAGACAAUUAAUUUAGAAUAAUGAUUUUUAUGACUGUUCUAACUAGCUUUAAGAAUGUAUGAUUCAGACAAAAUUGAACUCACUUUAGCAAAUAAAAACGCCUGUUAUUAAAACUCCUUUGUAAAAGCCUAUUAAUUAUUUGACAAAGAAAACUGUUAAUUUAAACUUUAAGAAUGAUUUAUAAAAUGCUUAAAAAAGUUUAGAUAUUUAAAGAAAAUCAAUUUAACUUCCUAAAAUUGCUACAAAAACAAUAAUCCCUCCACCUCCAGUAGUCCUUAAGAAACCUAAAAAAAAUAAAAAAAAGGGCACUAAAAAAUAGCUUGAAUAAGAGCAUUUAAAAACUGACUCUAUCUAAGAUAUUUAAAAGGAAAAUGAAGAAACAGAAGAAGAUAAAAUUGAAUAAAUUGAGCUAAAUUAUCUAAUCAGACAAGAAGAUCUAUGA